AUGAGUAAUAAUCCAAAAUCAAAAGAAUAAAACCUAUUAGUUUAAAAAACAGAAUAAGAAACCUUUGAAUUCUCAAAAUACCAAUAAUUCUCUUAAAAUUAGAACUAGAAGGAAAAUGUAUUAAAGAUAUAAUAGGGAAUUGCAAUUCCAAAUAACAGUGAUUAUACUAAAAUGCAAGAAUAGGAAUGUCCAUAAGAUAAUCUGAUACAUCAAAAAUGCUUUAGUAUCCAAAAAAUGUUCGUGAUAAAAGUUCUCGUCCUCUUUUUCUUUUGGUCUCUUUUUUAAUUUUUCUUAAUCUAUGCUUUGCUUUAUGGAAUGAGAGAAUUUAUAGACCAAAUUGCGCCUUAUUUAUUUCCAAUAUCUCUUCUGUUAAUGUGUGGACUAGCUAAAAUUGGAACUCUUUGGCAAUUCAGACGAUUUCCAGAAAACCUAUUCAUCCUAAUAUUCUAAGUCUACCUAUCAACUUAAACAUACUUGACAUUUUGUAGAUUAUUUAAUAAUGAUUCAAUAAACGAUGAGGAUGGGAUAUCUUUUAGUGCUGCUGACUUAGUAUUUGUACUUGCAGAAAACUAAUUUAUCUUCAAUUGUGUGAUUAACCUCAUCUUGAUCUUAUAUUUUGCUAUUGAAUAAGAAACAAUAAGAAUAUUUAUUCCUAUUGCUGUUUGCUGUAUAUUUGGAUUAAUUCCGCUAAUAUUCAACAUUUGGUUAUUUAUAAAUUCCAUCAUCUCAGUCCUAUAUGGAUCUACAAUAAUGAUAGUUAUUGGAUAGAUUGUUAAAGGAAGAUUUAUGAUUUAAGUGGAUAACAUAAUUGCAGCCACAAAUAUCCUCUUUUUUGGACUUAUCCUUCCAGUUGAAAUGUUUUGA